GCUCUGGCCACAGCCAGCCCUCCCUCCCUCCCGGUCAGUCUCCCUGGGAAAAGGCCAGCAGAAUUGCCGUUCUGGGCUCUGAGAGCCCCCUGUCCUGGGACCUGCCCACCAGAUCAGGGGGUGGCCGGUCACUCUGGAGGUGCUGUGUGCUACUGCUCCUCCCCCAGCCGCUCCAGCACCUUUAGGAAUGCAGCCUGGGGUCACUCUGGGGGAGGGGCCAAUGAGAGCCGGAAGCGUGAGACCCCUUUUCCCCCAGGUCCCACUGACCAGGCCUUCUUACCCCAGGGUGACAGGGCGUAAGAUGGAAGCCUUGGGAGGUGGGGAGGAUGGGGGGCUAGGUGGUCCCCCCUAGGAGGUCUUGGAGUCCAGGCUGGAGGGCCUGUGCCUCAUUACCACAUCGUGUCCCUACCCUGGUUCCUCUCCAUCUGUUAUUCACUCAGCAAACGCUCUUUGGCUGUGACUGGGACCUGGCUUGCUGGCCCCGAAGUCUGUGCCCUGAGGCCCUGGCUCCCACGCCUCAAGAGAAUUCACAAUGAGGAAAGCUGCAAGGGAAGGGGCCCGGGCUGGGUGGCCGGAGGCCCAGGAAGGUGUCCUCGGAAGACUCCUUCUGGAAAUAGCGUGAUGUGUAAUCAAAAGCGUUCUCCCCGAGAAGUUACGGCUGGAGCCAGGGGCGGGUGGGGCGUGUUUGCAGGGAGGUCUCCAGGCAGCACCUUCUCCAGGCUGCCCUCCAGCCUCUUGUGUGCGUAGGAGGCAUCCUUGUUCAGGACACAGCACAUCGAGCGGGACCAGGGCUGGCACUGGGGACACCUCGUCUGCACCCAGACUUCCCCGAAACCCCGGGGACUGUCCCCAAGCACCGCCCUGCCCUCUGCGGGGAAACCAGUGUUAAGAAAGAGGCGGUUUCCUCCUCCCGGGGCUGGUGAAAUGCCUACGAGAGCCACGUGGGGAGUUCUCGGCUCCCGCCCGGGAUGUUGCCCUCGGAGCCAGGUGUCCAGGCGGGAUGCCCUUCCCCAGCCAACACCCGAAGAGGAGCUUUGCCGGGGGUGCGCCAGGGUUGUGGGGCCUGGGAGACCGGCUGGCAGUGGGUGUUGGCAGGCUGAGGCCCACCUGGGUGCCUGCAGAGUCCCGGCUCGGCAGCCUGGACGGUCAGCAGAAGUGGCUGUUGGAGGGAGAGAGGGUGCAGGCUCGGGACGCUGCGCAGGUGUAGCUGGAGAUUUGGGGCCUUUCCGAGCCGGGAGCUUCCAUCUGUUCCCAGCUGCGCUGGGGUUACAGGCCUGUGUGCGUGUGUGCGUGCACCUGUCCCAGCAUGCACAGCCUGAGGACAAGCGCAUGUGGGUGUGUACACAUGCAGGCACUAGCUUGUGUCCUACAGCAGCUCCUGUAACCGUUAUUGAGUGCCUGCUGUGUACUCAGCACUGCAUACUCUACAAGACGGCCUUGGCCCCUGCCUCUGGGAGUGACCUUUUAGGUACAGAGACAGCAAAGAGAUAAAUGAACCGAAGCUCAAGGUAACUCCAGAGAGUGAUGAGGUGGGUCACGGAGGAAGCUGGGAGAGGAGGGCUGCCCGCCCUUGAACGUGGCAGUGAACUAUCUUACUGACAGGCUGGCUGCGUUAUUGGUCAUCUGUGCCCCCCGCCCAACCGUCAGCACCAGAAGGUUGGGGGUGUCCGUCUGAUGUGUUUGCUGCUGUGUCCCCAGAGCCUGGAACCGUGUCUGGCACGUGACAGAAACUUCAAUGCUCUCAGGAAGGAAAACAUUUAUGAAAACAACCAAUUGGCCUUCCGUGUGGCUGAGGAGCAGCUGGGCAUCCCGGCUCUGCUGGAUGCCGAGGACAUGGUGGCGCUGAGGGUGCCCGACCGCCUGAGCAUCCUGACCUACGUGUCCCAGUACUAUAACUACUUCCACGGACGCUCCCCCAUUGGGGGCAUGGCCGGUGUGAAGAGGCCUCCAUCGGACUCCAGUGAGGAACCAUCUGGAAAGAAGGCCCCAUCCCAGCCAGCCAGGCCCUUGCCCACCCCAGCCCGGGGGCAGCCACUGUCUCCAGUCAGCACAAACCCCACUGUCCCGCGGAAGGAGGGGGGCACAGAAGGGCCGCCACGGAAGGCUGGCCCGGCCUCAGCGCCCAGCUCCGUCAGCGGCACCUGCGGCAUCUGCGGGCAGCACGUGCACCUGGUGCAGCGCCACCUGGCCGACGGGAGGCUGUACCAUCGCAGCUGCUUCAGGUGUAAACAGUGCUCCAGCACGCUGCACUCGGGGGCCUACAGAGCCACGGGAGAGCCCGGCGUCUUCGUCUGCUCCAGCCACCACCCCGAGACCGCCUCUGCCAGCCCCCACGGCCCCACGGACUCCAAGCUCCCCGGCGCCCCGAGGAAGGCCCAGGAGGCCCAGGAGGCGCACGGGCAAAGAGACGCAGGGCCAAAAGCCAGGCCACCUGCCUGGGAACCCAGGGUGGGCAAUGUGACUGCCAGAGGUUUUGCUCCAGCCACAGCUGACCCUCCGGCCACCACCGCCUCCUCCCACGCCCCCAUGGGGAGCCCAGCUGGGCCCAGGUUCUCGGCGGGCCUUGCGCCUGGCAAAGCCAGUACUCAUGUGACCAACAGCUCUCCGACGGGGUGGUCACUGCCACCAGGCAGCUCUCGCCCGGCUACGACCCCGAGUGCCCUGGACCCUCGCCCGGCCACGCCGCAAGGCCAGGUAACCCCCAAAGUCGCCGCCCCCCAGACCAAGCUCAGUUCAAGGCCAGCAUCUCCAGCCCCGGCCAAGGCUCCGGCCUCCACCUCGUCGACCUCUAGGAUGCAGCAGGCCCGGGAGAGGUUCUUCCAGACGCCUGGAGCUGCCCUCGACCAGCGUCCGGCUGGCAAGGUCCCCGCUGCCACCGAGGACGCCGCUUCCAGGGACAGCAGCAAGGCGCAGGCACGGAGCUUCCUCCAGAAGGCGCUUCCAGAGCUCAGGGAGGCUGGCUCUCAGGCCCCCGGCAGGCCCUCCCUGGCCCCCGCCCCUGCUCUGAAUUCCCAUCCCAGAACCGAAGGGUCAGGAGCAAAUCCGUCAGCCAAACUGUCAAGGUUGGCAUCUCCCCAGGCCCCGAACCCAGCUGCGAGGACUGAGCCACCAGCGCCUCUGAGUGUAGGCAGCACCAUGCGGGCGUCGCCCCAGGCAGGCAAGAAGGUCUCGCCUGCACCCUCGGGGGCCGUCAAGGCAGGUGCUGGCUCCAGGCCGAAGCCGGAGGCCCCGCUGGCCAAGGGCCCGGCGGCCGGUCCCCAGGAGGGCCAGGAGGACGGGCCGGCAGGAUGGAGGGCCCGCCUGAAGCCCGUGGAGAAGAAAAGUCCCCCUGAGAGGGCCCUGGAGCUGAAGGAGCCUCAGGUUCGUGGAGAGCCGAGGGUGGGCAGUACACCCGGAAAGGCCUCCGGGAGCUCCGAGGGGGGUAUCCGCGUCACCCUGACCCCCGUGCCGGCAGACAGGACACCAGGCCCGGCCGGCCCCGGGGCCAGCCUCUCAGCCGCCUCCCCGUCCCCGUCCCCCGCCCGCCGCAGGAAGCUGGCUGUCCCUGCCAGCCUGGACGUUUCUGGUAAUUGGCUUCAGCCCGAGCCCUCGGGGCGGGAAGCCCCUGCCUGGAGCUGGAAGCAGGAGGACAAACCAGGGAGGCCCUUGGGCCCGGCCGGGGUCCCCGCUCCGCCUGGCAAGUCAGUGACCUCCCCCGGCAGGCUGCACCCGGACUACGUGCCGCAGGAGGAGAUCCAGAGGCAGGUGCGAGACAUCGAGAGGCAGCUGGACGUCCUGGAGCUCAGGGGCGUGGAGCUGGAGAAGCGCCUGCGUGCGGCCGAGGGGGACGUCGCGGAGGAUGCUCUCAUGGUGGACUGGUUCCGGCUCAUCCAUGAGAAGCAGCUGCUGCUGAGGCUGGAGUCCGAGUUGAUGUACAAGGCCAGGGACCAGCGCCUGGAGGAGCAGCAGCAGGACCUCGAGGGGGAGCUGCGCCGGCUGAUGGCCAAGCCUGAGGGUCUGAAGUCCCCCCAGGACCGGCAGCGGGAGCAGGAUCUGCUGAACCAGUACGUGACCACGGUGAAUGACCGCAGCGACAUUGUCGACUUCCUGGAUGAGGACCGGCUCAGGGAGCAGGAGGAGGACCAGAUGCUGCAGAGCAUGAUCCAGAAACUGGACCUGCAGAGGAGCGGCGGGGACCAGAGGAAGAAACCCAAGUUCCGCUUGUCCAACAUCUGGUCCCCGAAGAGCAGAAGCAGGACCCCCGAGUAGCUGCCUGGCGGGGCCGCAGGACUCUGUCGGAGGCGGGGUGGGGACUUGGGCGACGAGACCUGCACUGUCCUCUCCGUGGGGUCCAGGUGGCCUCAAUAAAGAAACUGCCUCUCCCGUGUGGCCACGUGCACCUGGCA